UGAGUCGACAGGUUGAGGUGGCAGAAGGUCCUCCCCCCUGGGAUCAGUAAUAAAAGCAGGCGGACUCAGCAAUCAGAUACUCAGAGGCACUUGGCUCUCCGUUUUAAGCCUGCACAACUCUUGCUCUCUUCUACUCAGCCACCAGACACCGGAACUUCAACAACUGCAAAGAUGAGGAGAGCAAUGUCAACCACGAGCUCUGGAACCGUCAGAAGGUCCUACGCUGUACCGGUCAGCGCAGUCAGCAGAACCAGCUACUCUUAUGGCUCUGGAGGCAUGAACAGAAGUGCUGGUUUUAGUCAGGCUUCAGGUGGCUCAAGCGCGUACGGUUCUUUUGGAGUAAUGGGUUCUUGCGUCCCACCACCGAUCACAGCUGUCCAGUUCAACCAGAGCCUGCUGGCCCCUCUGAACCUGGAGAUUGACCCCAACAUCCAGACUGUCCGCACUCAUGAGAAGGAGCAGAUCAAGACCCUCAACAACCGCUUCGCCUCUUUCAUCGACAAGGUCCGCUUCCUGGAGCAGCAGAACAAGAUGCUGGAGACCAAAUGGAGUCUCCUGCAGGACCAGACCACCACCCGCUCCAACAUCGACAGCAUGUUUGAGGCCUACAUUGCCAACCUGCGCAGACAGCUUGAUGGGCUUGGCAAUGAGAAGUUCAAGCUGGAGGGAGAGCUGACGAACAUGCAGGGCUUGGUUGAGGACUUCAAGAGGAAGUAUGAGGAGGAAAUCAACAAACGUGCAGCUGCUGAGAACGAGUUUGUGCUCUUGAAGAAGGAUGUCGAUGCUGCCUUCAUGAACAAGAUUGAGCUGGAGGCUAAAGUUGAUGCACUUCAAGAUGAGAUCAACUUCCUCAGGGCCAUCUAUGAAGCUGAGCUUCUUGAGCUGCAGAGCCAGAUCAAGGACACCUCUGUCGUGGUCGAGAUGGACAACAGCCGUAACCUGGACAUGGACUCUAUUGUGGCUGAAGUGCGUGCUCAGUAUGAGGACAUUGCCAACCGCAGCAAGGCAGAAGCUGAGACUUGGUACAAACAGAAGUAUGAGGAGAUGCAGAGCUCUGCCGGACAGUAUGGUGAGGACCUGCGCUCAACAAAGACUGAGAUUGCUGAGCUGAACCGCAUGAUCGCCCGUCUUCAGAACGAAAUUGAAUCCGUCAAGGGACAGAAAGCCAACCUUGAGGCUCAGAUCGCAGAGGCUGAGGAGCGUGGUGAGUUGGCAGUGACAGACGCCAAGCGUCGCAUCAAGGACCUGGAGGCCGCUCUGCAGAGAGCCAAGCAGGACAUGGCCCGCCAGGUCCGGGAGUACCAGGAGCUGAUGAACGUGAAGCUCGCCCUGGACAUUGAGAUUGCCACCUACAGAAAACUGCUGGAGGGAGAGGAAUCCAGACUUAUCAGUGGAGGAUCCAAUGCCACCAUCCAUGUGCAGCAGAGCAGCUCUGGUGGUGGCAUGUCCAGCUCCAGCGGUGGUUACGGCUACGGAGGCAGCAUGUCUGGUGGUUACGGCGGUAUGAGUGGCAGCACCAUCACCAAAUCCACAGUCACAUCAACCAAUGCCAAGAGAUACUAUUAAAAGUUGUAAAAAAAAAAGGAAAGCUGUCCCUCUUUCCUUUUAUUGAAUUGAGUCUAAAUCUGCCCCCUUUUAUGGUGCUAUGCAACACUGUCAAACACGUUCAGAGAGAGCUGAGCAUCCCAGAAAUGAGUGAUAUCUGAAACUAGCAAACACAUCCUCUGUUCUAGCCAACACAUUUUCUGAAGGUUCGUGUCAGUUAGCAUGGCAUAUUUUUUUCUGUGUGCACUGACAUUCAAAUAAAAAGUAAAAAGUAAAAAAAAAAAGAAAAGGUUUAUGUGGAGUGUUAAAACUAACGAAGAAGAACAAGCCACUAACCAAAUGUAACCAUUGGAGAAGUAUAAAACUGAGAUAUUUGUUUACAGAAGAACUUGGAGCCAUUUGGUUACUCGCUUGCUCUUUUUUUUUUGUACUAUGUUGUCCACUGUUUCCUGUUUAGUUUUGCCUCCCAUUUCCUUCAUGCUGAAACUACGCCGAAACCAGAUUUAUUUUAUAAAAGUCUUCUCAGCAACACGAGCGAUGAAUGUUGCAGGAAUGAGAAAUUGUGAAAUUAUGAGAAAUAAAUCUGAGGAAAUAAAA